AGUUUUGGAAUACCUAAUUUACAUACUAUUAUUCUAUUGGUCGGCUUUAGUCCAAUCAAAGUUCAGACUUAUUAGUCUUAGUUUGUAUAUACGUGCUAUAAAUACCGGGAUUUGGGUUUGCUGUUUUUCUUGUUAUUUUCCUCAUUUUCCUCGUCCUCUAGGUGUUUACCAUGCCAGAGCCUGCUAAGUCCGCCCCAGCCCCUAAAAAGGGUUCCAAGAAGGCCGUGACUAAGGUGCAGAAGAAAGAUGGCAAGAAACGCAAACGAGGCCGUAAGGAAAGCUAUUCUAUCUAUGUUUAUAAGGUGUUGAAGCAGGUCCACCCCGACACCGGCAUCUCGUCCAAGGCCAUGGGCAUCAUGAACUCGUUCGUCAAUGACAUCUUCGAACGCAUCGCGGGCGAGGCGUCGCGCCUGGCGCAUUACAACAAGCGCUCGACCAUCACCUCCAGAGAGAUCCAGACGGCCGUGCGCCUGCUACUGCCCGGGGAGCUGGCCAAGCACGCGGUGUCCGAGGGCACCAAGGCCGUCACCAAGUACACCAGCUCCAAAUAAAAGUUUUUCUACAUCUUGCUCUCUUCAAAGGCUCUUUUCAGAGCCACUCACUUUUCCACGUUAAGAGUUGUAAUAUGAAGAUUCGUCAGCAGGUUUUUAAAAGCAUGUUUUGUCUUUUAACAGACAACCUACUUAAAAACUUAAGAAAAUGUAGUGUGAAAUGUUUAUUUGAACUUAUAUUAAUCUUUAGGGCAGCAAUGAGUUUGGGAAAUAAUUGCGUACAGAAUAUAAUUAUUAGUGUGCGUUGUGCUAAAGCUCCCAGAAUUUCUGGUAUUCUGGUUUCUGUGUUUUUAUUUCUUAAAUUCUUUGAAUUUUUAUAAUUGCCCAUUGUUUAGCGUUUAAGGUAAUUUUAUAGUGGUCAUUUGGGGAGCUCAACGUCUAAGUACCUCGGGUUGUUUGUUUUAAACGUAAUGUUCGCAUUAUAUGAAUAUAGUUAUAUGUGCUUCACAAAUGUUAACUCAUACAAUGAGAUAUUAUCUGUAGUUUAUCGACAACAACAAGGCUCAGAAUGUCAGUUACACAACAGAUACCUGACUAGGUCUGGGAAAGUCAUUGGAACCCGCAGUUUAAUCUUUACUACUGUAGACUGUUUCAAAGGUAAUUCUUCAAGUAUACGUUAAAAACUUUAUCCACUUUAUUUUGCCUUGAGGCUGUUAUUGAUAUAAUCAACCACACAUGGUGCUGAAGCACAUUCUUAAGUCUUAAUUUUUCUUUUAUAUUUCACUUUUGUUUUCGUUGUCUUCAGUCAGUGUUUGGUUCUAUACAUAUUUAUGUAGAUAGAAAAGAAUGAACAGAACAAAACAGGAAUAAGAGUCGAUCCAGAAGUGCAGAGAGCACAGAGGAUAUGGAUGGAUAUCUGAGGUCUCGUGUGUUAAGGUUUUGUACUGCUGAAAGCAAAAUCACAUGGAUGAAUUGUUUUUGAGGACCUGUCAUGGCUUAUUGACUUGUAUUAGCGAAGCCAGCAAGGCAUGAUCAAUGCAUGUACCAGUUGAG